CUGUUAAUUUAGACGAGAAUUAAGAUCAGAGGGCGCUAAACGUUGACGGUUCUUUACUUCUUUUUAGCGUGCAAACGUCAAAAUGGCUGAUCAGACAGAAAGAUCCUUCCAAAGGCAGCAUUGCAUCAAUGUGAACCGUAAGAGCGGCCUUAAGAAAAAGACGUUGCGCUUAUCUCGUAACAUUGGGUUGGGGUUUAAAACCCCACGAGAGGCCAUCGAAGGAUCCUACAUUGACAAAAAAUGCCCCUUUACUGGAAACGUUUCAAUCAGAGGAAGGAUUCUUACCGGAGUUGUUCAAAAAAUGAAAAUGCAGCGUACAAUUGUCAUUCGACGUGAUUACUUGCAUUACAUCAGAAAGUACAAUCGCUUUGAAAAGAGACAUCGCAACAUGUCUGUCCAUUUGUCUCCCUGCUUCAGGGAUGUUGAAAUUGGCGAUGUUGUGACUAUUGGAGAAUGUCGGCCUUUGUCAAAAACAGUGAGAUUCAACGUAUUAAAGGUCACAAAAGGAAGUAGCUCCAAGAAAAGUUUCAAAAAAUUUUAAUGUAGCAGUGGCUGAAUAAAUCAUUUUUCUAUCUUGA